UUUAGCUCGGAGGGUGUCAGGAGUGCGAGUUGCGAGCGGCCACGGCGACGGGGCGACCGCAUUAUGGCGGCACGAGGCUUAAGUGAGACAGCAUCGUCACCUAGUGAUGGACUUGCUUCUACUGAUGAAAGUGACUUGUAUAAAUAUAUCUCCACCACAAGCAAUUCUCUUCCAAAAGAGAUGCUCGUGCCAAACUCUCAGCCUUCUGAUACCCAUGAGAUCUCAACUUAUGAGCCACAAACUUUAGAAAGUGAAAAUGAAGUUACUGAACAGGAAACCAGUCUGGAGCCCUUAACAAAUUUGCCACAUUCAUUAGCAUCGCAAGUAGAAUCUCCUGAAGGUUCAGCAUCAAUGGACACUGAAUCUCAGGCUGAGAACUCUUCCCCUGAUCGAACUGUUGAAGAUAUAGAAAAUGUGGGACUCAAUGACUCUGAAAUUUCCUUUCCUGCGGAAUAUGAAAAGUUUUGGAAGGUGGUUGAAGACAAUCCCCAAGACUUUACAGGUUGGACGUAUUUGCUGCAAUAUGUAGAGCAAGAGAACCACAUUCUGGCAGCCAGAAGAGCCUUUGAUCAAUUUUUAUCUCACUAUCCAUAUUGCUAUGGCUAUUGGAAAAAGUAUGCUGAUCUUGAACGACGCCAUAACAACCUGACAGAGGCAAAUGAGGUGUACCGACAAGGACUGCAAGCAAUUCCUCUUAGUGUUGAUCUUUGGCUCCACUAUAUCAAUUUCUUGAAGGAGACCUUGGAUAGUGACAAUCCAGAGACUGAUGCAAGAAUAAAAAGUGUGUUUGAACAUGCAGUGUUAGCUGCAGGAACUGACUUUCGUUCAGAUAGAUUGUGGGAAACCUACAUUAACUGGGAAAAUGACAGAGGAAAUCUGCAAGAGGUGACAGCAAUUUAUGAUCGUAUUCUUGGUAUUCCAACACAGCUCUACAGUCAUCACUUCCAAAGGUUUAGAGAGCAUGUUCAGAAUCACCUGCCAAAAGAUUUAAUCUCUCCAGAGGAUUUUAUUAAACUGCGACAUGAGCUGGCGUCCACAAAUGAACACUUUGACAGUGAUGGUACUCCAAGAAGCAAUCCAGCAGCUGCAAUUGACAUAAAUGAUCCUGCUCAAAUUGUUUCUGAAAUAGAAAAUAUGCGCCAUAGGAUUAUUGAAGUUCGUCAGGAAAUAUAUAAUCAUAAUGAAAAUGAAGUUAGCCGAAGAUGGGCAUUUGAGGAAGGAAUUAAACGUCCUUACUUUCAUGUGAAGCCGCUGGAGAAAGCACAGCUAAAAAACUGGAAAGAUUACCUCGACUUUGAGAUAGAAAAUGGAACUCUUGAACGAGUAGUAGUUUUGUUCGAGAGGUGCCUUGUUGCUUGUGCCCUUUAUGAAGACUUCUGGAUAAAAUAUGCCAAAUAUAUGGAGAACCACAGCAAUGAAGGUGUAAGACAUGUUUUUAGCAGAGCAUGCACAGUUCAUCUUUCAAAGAAACCAAUGGUUCACUUACUAUGGGCUGCUUUUGAGGAACAACAAGGGAACAUUAAUGAAGCAAGGCGAAUCUUGAAAGCAUUAGAAGAAUCAGUGCCAGGAUUAGCCAUGGUCCGCCUAAGGCGAGUGAGUCUAGAACGCCGUCAUGGAAAUAUUGAUGAAGCAGAGUUUCUGCUGCAGGAUGCCAUUAAAAACAGUAAAACACCCAAUGAGGCAUCUUUCUAUGCUGUGAAGUUGGCUCGUCUUUUAUUCAAAGUACAGAAGAGUCUUCCAAAGGCCAGGAAGGUUCUAGUGGAAGCAAUAGACUUUGAUAAGGAAAGCCCCAAACUGUAUUUGAAUUUGUUGGAACUUGAAUAUAAUUCAGACCUCAAACUGAAUGAAGAAAACAUUUUGAAUGCAUUUGACAUUGCUGUAAAUAGCGCAUUGCCUAUUGAAACAAGGAUUGCCUUCUCCCAGCGAAAAGUGGAAUUUUUGGAAGACUUUGGCUCAGAUGUGAAAAGACUCAUGGUGGCUUAUGAUGAUCAUCAACAGCUUUUAAAAGAUCAGGAGUCCUUGAAAAGAAAAGCGGAAAAUGGGUCAGAGGAACCAGAGGAAAAAAAGCAAAGAACUGAUGCAACAUUGGACUCUACCCAGCUGAUGAGUGGGGACUUGCAGGCUAAUUCAGCUGCAUAUAACUAUAAUGCUUGGUAUCAGUACAAUUAUCAAACACCCUGGAACUAUGGGCAGUAUUAUCCACCACCUUCUACAUAAUUUUCUGGUAUUUACUAUGGGCAUGAAGAAUUUCUCUUUUUGUUUAAGAAUACUGCAUUUUAACAGAUGUCACCCAAAAUUGUGGAAUUAUUUUUUUCAAUGAAUAAAGCUGGGGAAAAUGUUUAAUGCAAAAUACUGGAGGUCAGGCAUUGUUUGUAUUCACAUAAAUGAAUCUUUUUGGAAGUUUUUUUUAAAUUCUCCUUUAAUUUGUUAAUAGGGGAAACAUCUUUAAAGUGUUACAGAAUACCACUGGUAUAGUUUCUUAAUUGACAAUUUUGUGCUAACGUAAAUUUUUGGAAAGUUGCUGAGAAAAUGUGUAAUUAAUUUCAAAGUACACUAGUGUACUUGUAAUUCUAAGAGGUUAACUUCAAAGAAGUAUUUUCUUUUUGGAUUAAAUUAAAGUAUCAUUGCACAUC